GUUGAUUUUUCAAUUGCUGAUAACGAUAUGAAAUUAAAUUAAAAAAUUAACUACUUCACUUAUUAAUUAAUAAUUACAAUAUUGCAAAUUGAUGCUUAGUACAUAAUCGGUUCACGCACUGUUCAAUUAAUAACUUUUUUCAAUAGUUGUUUCCGCCUCUUGAUUUUUCGGCUUAAAAUUCGCUUGUGAAUUUGGUGUUCUAUUACGGAAAUUUGGUAACAUUCAGAAUUUACUCUUGAUAAUAGUCAUUUUCUCAACAAUUCAACUCGUUAGUUAUUAAAAGUUCAGCCUUUUCUGUCGUGCAAUGGCUUCAGCAUUCGACGAGGAACAGAGUUUUCGCGAAUGCGAAGAAUACGUUCAUAAGUAUAAUAUUCAACAAUUGCUGAAGGAUUGUAUCGUCCAGCUAUGUGUCAGCAAACCAGACAAUCCUGUCACUUUUCUGCGAAUGUACUUUCAAAAACUGGAAAGGGAAAAAGCUCAAAAUGCCAAGAAACAAGCAGCCACUCCCGAUGAUCAGGAUGAUCUUUCACCUUUGCCGUCACACUGUCAACAACCUCCGUCUUCCAGGCGUCGAGGUGCCAUUUCCGCCGAGCCAGUCACCGAAGAAGACGCCACUAGUUACGUGAAAAAAGUUGUACCGAAAGAUUACAAAACCAUGGCUGCCUUGUCAAAAGCUAUCGCAAAAAAUGUAUUAUUUUCGCAUCUAGAUGAAAACGAACGAUCCGACAUUUUCGACGCCAUGUUCCCAGUGACAUUUUUAGCCGGUGAAACUAUCAUUCAACAAGGCGACGAAGGAGAUAAUUUUUACGUUAUUGAUCAAGGCGAAGUGGAAUUCUACGUAAACAAUGAACUGGUUACCACGGUCGGAGAAGGAGGCAGUUUUGGCGAAUUAGCUUUGAUUUACGGUACACCCAGAGCAGCCACAGUACGUGCAAAGACUAACGUAAAAUUAUGGGGUAUCGAUAGAGAUUCGUAUAGAAGAAUUCUAAUGGGAUCUACAAUACGUAAAAGGAAAAUGUACGACGAAUUUUUGUCGCGUGUAUCAAUUCUAGAAAGUUUAGAUAAAUGGGAAAGACUCACAGUAGCCGAUGCAUUAGAACCAGUUUCAUUCGAUGAUGGCGAAACAAUAGUAAGACAAGGCGAACCUGGCGAUGAUUUUUAUAUUAUAGUCGAUGGCACUGCGUUAGUUUUACAAUACAGAGCCGAAGGCGAUAAACCUGUCGAAGUUGGAAGAUUAGAACCUUCAGAUUAUUUCGGUGAAAUUGCAUUAUUAUUAGAUAGACCGAGAGCCGCCACAGUAGUUGCAAAAGGACCUUUAAAAUGUGUAAAAUUAGAUAGAGCCAGAUUUGAAAGAGUUCUAGGUCCUUGUGCAGAUAUAUUAAAAAGAAAUAUUACGCAGUAUAAUAGUUUUGUAUCUUUAUCCGUUUAAACGAAUUCGUGAAUUAGAAAUUUAUGUAAAUUCUCCAGAAAAAAAUUUUCUUCGGUGGUAGUUAUGGAAGUCGCUGAACGUUACAUAAGGGAACGUAUAUUUGUAUUUUUUAUUACGCGACCAAGAUUCAAUACCUACGAAUAGAAUGCCAAUGUUAUUUUUUCAAAUUUUUAUAUCCGGGUGCAAUGUCAUCUCUUCUAUGUCAGCUUUUAUUGUUGUUAUUACACGAUUGUUGAAUUGAAUAUAAUUCAAUGUGUAUAAAAUAAAGUUUAUUAUAAAUUAAUUAUAAUACGUAUAAUUGAAAAAAAAAAUUGUACAAUUAACGAGUCGUCAUGUUAUAAGUAAUUUACUAACGAAUACUUUUAAAUUGUUAAAAAAAAAAAUGUAUCGUAUUUAUUUUAAUAAAUGCUUACUUACCGUUUUAAA